UCUCUUUAUGAAUGUCGCUUUCGUUUGUUCAAGCUUACCAUGGCCUACGUAUCGCUUUCAGCGGAGUUCAUUCGUUUUCUUUCCCUCGAUUACCUAGAAAAUCUUCUCCCUCAUCGGAAACCCUUCGGUCUAAUACCGUUCUGUUUACGUGUAAAGGCUUUUGGGUCAUUGCGCAAUAAAGUGUUGGCUGUGAGCAAGCAACAUUCCAUUGUCCCAUACGUCCUCUACCUCAUGAUGGCUUUUGCACAUCACAGAUACAGCCACCCGGUAGCGGACUACCUGAAAAUAGGGGAGCAUCCAAGCGACCAAAAAACGUCAUAUCAACUCAGGAAUGAGGACGUUCUCAUUCUGCUACUAUGCUGAAGUGCGUAUGCUGACGUGGCUGUAGGAAAGGACAUCAUAGAGACAAAUGGCGCGAUACCCACAUUACGUUAUAUUCAAGGUGUCUUUGGCGCACUGGCAACUUGGUGGGAUUGCAUGAAGCUGAUGCGUGAAAAGGUAUGGGGUAUCAAUUCAUAUCAUCAAGCAGCUAUCCCUACUCGCUCCUAUUCGUGCAGAUCGCACUAUCAUCCACUUUAUCCGUUUCAUAAUCAAAGCACAGUCCUCCAAGAUGCCAUUCAUAGGCGCAAAUCCAGCCCUCAUUGUGUCGAAAUGGCCUUCUCGUACAUUGAGCGCAAGCCGUCGGUCUACAGUAUAAGUUAGCAUGGAGGACGCAGACACAUAAGAUAUCAUAGACAACAUCAAAACAGUUGCACACGUACAA